CGCGAUGGUAUAAUUUGGACUGUAAACAGGUGGAGCGAUAAAAUUCUUGUUUGUUGGCGGUUGACCAGUAGCGCAGUUCUAGGACAGCUCUUGCGAAGACCAGAAAAUGAAUGCUAUGUUAUUCUCCCUUGUUACCUUUGCAUUGUUGGCCAGCCCUUCUUUGUGUCAAAAUCCAAAAUGGUGUGUCACAUCCCAAGAAGGAAAAAACAAAUGUGAAACACUUGCUGGCCAGCUGAAUAAAAAGUUUUCGUGUGUGGUGGGACAAGAUGAAAAAGACUGUUACAAGAAAAUUGCAUCGAAGGAAGCAGAUUUUGGAGUAUUUGAUGGAGGAAUGAUUUACCAUGCAGGAAAAGACCACGACCUGAAAGCAAUCAUGGCGGAAAAACUUAGUGGGGUCGCCAGCGCAGCCACUGCCUAUUAUGCAGUAGCUGUGGUGAAGGCUGGUAGUGGAUUGGACAUCAACAAUCUCAAGGGAAAGAAGUCUUGUCACACAGGAGUACAGAAAACAUCUGGCUGGCUGAUACCAGUCGGGGCACUUUUGUCGAAGAAAAUCAUGAGCUGGGUGUCCUGCAACCAAUACGCUUCAGUGUCUAAUUAUUUCAGUCAAAGCUGUGCACCAGGUGCAAAUGAUAAGAAGUACAAUCCAGAUUUAACAGGCAAAGACAAGCUGUGCGCACUUUGUUCUGGAAGUGGAGCUGACAAGUGCUCAAGAAGUAGCAAAGAGCCGUAUUACUCUUACGAUGGAGCAUUCAAGUGCCUUAAAGAUGGCGGAGGAGAUGUUGCAUUCAUUAAAGCAUCAAUUGUCACGUCUCUUUCAACUUCGGAGCAAGCAAAAUACAAACUGCUUUGUCUAGAUGGAACAGUUAAAGAUCCAAAGGAUUUCGCUUCCUGCAACUUGGCCCGUGUCUCUUCACACGCGGUUUUAGCGCGUGUAGAUGCGCCAAUAGCUAGCUAUCAGAGCCUGUUGAAAGAAAUUGACACCAAGCUUCAAGAGAAAACCGGUUCUUCUCUCAAGUAUGACGGAACACUGUUUUCGAAAAACACCAUUGGGUUGGAAGUUGUGGCAACAGCCAACCAGUCUUACGACAAAUACCUGGACCAAAAGUACAUCAACGACAUUUCAGCUUUGGACCAUUGCGCAAAGUGGUGCGUUACAUCGAAGGAUGCCUUGGACCAGUGCAAUAAAAUAAAGACCGGUACUCCUGGUAACCCAAUAUACUGCCUCCAAGGGUCGAGUGAAAAAGAUUGCUACACAAAGAUUGCUGCAAAGCAGGCUGACAUCGGAAUGUUUGAUGGAGGUUCAAUUUAUCAUGCAGGGAUGGAACAUAAUCUUUCAGUGAUAGUUUCUGAGCAACUUAAUACCAGCUCCGAAUCAGAAACGGCUUAUUAUGCAAUAGCAGUUGUGAAUGCUAACAGUAAGCUGACAAUUAAAACACUCAAGGGUAAAAAAUCGUGCCAUACUGGUGUUAAAAAGACUUCAGGAUGGAUUGUUCCAGUUGGCCAUUUGCUCAGCAACAAUAUGAUGAGUAUGCCAGCUGAUUGUGAUGAAUACGGGGCUGUCUCAAAUUAUUUCAGCCUAAGUUGCGCUCCUGGUGCUAACGACCCCAAAUACAACAGCAUGAAAACAGGUGCUGAAAAACUUUGCUCUUUAUGCGCUGGUACUGGCUCAAACAAAUGUGCAAGGAAUGAAAAUGAACCUUAUUAUGGCUACGGAGGAGCAUUCAAAUGUUUGAAGGAUGGCAAAGGGGAGGUUGCAUUCAUUAAGCAAGGAAUUAUUCCAAGCGCCGAUGAAGCCCAGUACAGAUUACUGUGCACCAAUGGAACAACCAAAGAACCGAAGGACUACAUAACCUGCAAUCUAGCUCGUGUGCCAUCGCACGCAGUUCUUGCCAGACCAGACGCACCAAUCAAACAGUACCAGACUAUUAUACAACAAGCAAAAACAGCUCUUGGAAGCGACAUGUACUCACCCCCUGGUAAACUGUUCUCUAAAGACACCAAUGAUCUUGUCAAUGUCCCAUCGAGCAAGCGAACAUACAGCAGCUAUCUUGACAAGGCGUACAUGAAGGACAUUGUACAAGUGGACUCCUGUGUCAAAUCACACGCCUUUGCACCAAGAUUCAGCUCUCUGUCGCAGUGUACAACUUCUCCAAGAUGGUGUGCACAGAGCAAUGACGCCUAUGCGAAAUGCCAACAGAUUAGCAGCAAAUACCCUGGGCAAAUAACGUGUAUCUUGGGGAAAGGAGAAAAUGACUGCUGUCGAAAAAUUGCUCAAGGAGCAGCUGACUUGUCGUCAUUUUCUGGAAGGGCGGUUUACCAAGCUGGCAAAAAUUAUGGUUUGCAAGUUAUUAUGUCUGAAAGGCAUCAACAUCUGACAGCAAGUGGCAAGAAGUAUUUCGCUGUUGCAGUCGCUAAAAAAUCGAGUAACCUAACAUAUGGCACGUUAAAGGGUGCCAAAUCGUGUCAUACCGGAGUUCAGAAAUCUUCGGGCUGGAUUUUACCAGUUGGCAACUUGCUGAGCUCGAAUAUGAUGGCAUGUGUGCAUAGUAAUCAGUAUGCCUCUGUUGCUGCUUUUUUCACUGCAAGCUGCGCACCAGGAGCUGCAAACAGAAAAUACAACAAGCAGCUUUAUGGCGUAAAUACUCUCUGUUCCUUAUGCACUGGCUCAGGGGCUGCAAAAUGUGCACGAGAUAAACGGGAGCCAUAUUACGGCUACGAAGGAGCAUUCGCGUGUUUGAAAGAUGGUGAAGGAGACGUAGCCUUUUUGAAAGAGUCAAUGCUUACGUCACUGAGGCCGGUUGAUCAAGCUAAAUAUAAACUGUUGUGCAAGGACAAUACUGUUGCAGAUCCCAAGGACUACCUAAGUUGCAAUUUAGCUGGAGCCCCAGCUAACGCUGUUCUAACAAGAUCGGAUGCUUCUGAGAAUGCGAUUUGGGGAUAUCAAAUUCUGCUAGAAAGAGCUGCUACAAAGUUUUAUCAUCCACAUUUCAGCCCGAAAAUCCACAUAUUCGAUGGGAAGUUUUUUUCGGUAUCUGCAAUUGGUCUGGAUAGAGUACCCAGAUCAAAGAGAUCCUAUAUUUCAUAUCUUGGAGAGAGCUAUGUUAAGGCUGUGUCGGCUUUGGAUGCCUGCAAUUGAAAAUGCUUCCAGGCGGCGAGCUGUUGGAAUCGUAGAGUCAAUACGACCGACUGCUAGGCUACUAGUUGGAGAUUUUUAGAUCACAAAGAUAAGCUUAGUUUGCAAGACCUAGUGACAAAAGAAUGAUCCAAAAAGUUAAACUUCAAUCACACAUCGUCGAUAUUGAUUCAUCAAUUCCCAGAUUUAUUUACAUAAAGGGAUUGGACGUAGCAAAAACAGCUUUUGUAAGUAUAUUCCGUCGCCAGUAUCUUUCCUCUUGGCUUCUUGAGCUCAUGUUAGAAGACUUUAGUUUAAGGAAAUACUCUGUACUAUGUAGGAAAGUACGAAUAUGGAACGAAUACAUAAGAGUAAGAUACAUUAGAAUUGACGAGAUGCGUUUUGCUAUAGGAGGAGCAGUAACAUUUCAGAGAAGCAGCAAAUGACUUAUAUAUUCUGGUUUGCAUACGACGAGAACUGGCAUUGAAAUUUGUAAGCUUUUGUAAAACUUAUUUUGUGUAUUUGAAGCAUUGAAGAAAUUUUUGUAUCAUAUUUCUAUGUUGGUAAAAUGAUGAA